UCAUGACUAUUUUUUUUUUCUAACAAAAAAAAGACUAUUUUUUUAAUAUUAUUCAUUGCAUCUAUCAUAAAUAUGACGUGAGUGUAUAUAAAUAUAAAAAGUUAUAUUUAUGUCUAUGUAUCUUUCUAUUUAUAUAUAUAAAAAUAUAUAUGUAUAAGCUUUACCAGAGGUUUCCAAAAAUGACUAUUAUUCUUCCUACAUCCAUAAAAUAUAUUUUCUCCAUGGCUACUUCUCUUCUUUGUGUAAUAGUACCCUUUAUCUCAAUAACAAUAUAUCUGUGUUUUCUCAAACAGAGGAGAAAACUAAACCUUCCUCCUGGUCCUAUAAGGCUACCCAUCAUCGGAAACCUCCACCAGUUGCUAGGCAACACCUUGCCCCAUCAAACUUUUGGGCGACUUUCUCACCAGUACGGACCAAUCAUGUUCUUGCAACUCGGCUUCAUACCAACUCUUGUGGUCUCCUCUGCACAAGUAGCUAAAGAAAUCUUCAAAACUCAUGAUAUUAUCUUCUCUGGAAGACCGGUAUUGUACGCCGCCAAAAAGCUCAGCUACAACUGCUCAGCCGUCUCAUUCGCUCCUUAUGGCGAUUACUGGCGCGAAAUGAGAAAGAUUGUUAUGUUAGAACUUCUUGGUCAGAAGAGAGUUCGAGCUUUUCAGAGUGUGAGAGAAGAAGAGGUCAAAACUUUGAUCAAAACUGUAACUAGUAUUUCUACUUCUUUGAAUUAUUCUGGUGUUGUUAAUCUCAGUGAACUUAUGGUUACUUUGGCGAACAAUGUUGUUUGUGGAGUUGCUUUUGGAAAGAAGUACAAUGGUUCUUAUUAUGAUGGUGGUGAUAGUGAAAAUAAUGGGAAGAGUGGUGGAAUUCGAGAGUUACUUCAUGAGACUCAGAAUGUACUUGGUGGGUUUUGCAUGGCUGACUUUUUUCCACCAUGGUUAACUUGGAUUAACAAGUUUAAUGGUCUUGAAAGAAGGCUUAACAAGUGUUUUAGAGACUUGGAUAACUUUUAUGAUAAAGUGAUUGAAGAGCAUUAUCAUCAUUUUGAUCCUAAUCAUAAUCAAACUAAACAUAAUGAAGAUGUUGUUGAUGUUCUGCUUCAACUUCAGAGGGAUCCAAACCAAGCCUUAAAGAUCAAUAACAACCAAAUCAAGGGUGUUAUAACUGACUUAUUCAUUGCUGGGACUGAUACAACAUCAGCAUCACUAGUAUGGAUAAUGGCAGAGCUGAUGAUGAAUCCAGAAGCCAUGAAAAGAGCACAAAAAGAGGUGAGAGAAGUUGCCAAUGGAAAAGGGUUUGUAGAGGAAAUCCAACUUUCAAAACUAAACUACAUAAAAUUAGUGAUCAAAGAAGGAUUGAGGCUCCACCCACCAGUACCAUUACUAGUUCCAAGAGAAACAACAGAGUUUUGCAGAGUAAAAGGGUACGACAUUCCAUCUGGAACAAGGGUUUUUGUCAAUGCAGGAGAGAUUGGGAGGGACUCAAAUCAUUGGGAAAAGCCAAAUGAGUUUUGGCCUGAGAGGUUCUUGGAGAGCUCAUCAUCAUCAUCAAUUGACUAUACAGGAAAACAUUUUGAGUUAUUGCCUUUUGGUGUUGGAAGGAGAGGGUGUCCUGGGAUUAACUUUGCUGCUGUGUUGAUUGAGCUUGCACUUGCUAAUCUUUUGUGUCGUUUUGAUUGGGAACUUCCCAAUGGAAUGAAAAGACAGGAUUUGAAUAUGGAAGAAGUGUUUGGUCUAACUAUGAAUAAGAAAAUCCCUCUAUGCCUAGUUGCUAAGGUGGUUGAUUUUUGAGUACUUGUACCGUAAUACUCUUGUAUACAAUUUCUAAAUGACUUGUCAAUUAGGACAAUGCAAAUUGAUUUUUGUCAAA